AUGCAUUCUUCUACCAGCUUCCUGGCCGCCGCGGCCUUCCUCCCUGCGGCCUUUGCCCACUACAACUUCGAGGCCCUGAUCGUCAAUGGUAACAUUACGAGCCCGUACGAGUAUGUUCGUCAGACGAACAACUCAAACAGCCCCAUCACCGAUAUCACUUCCACCAACAUGAUUUGCAACUCUGGUGGUCUGUUGGCUUCGACGAUGGCUCAGACCUCGACUUACACGGUGGCCCCUGGUGACAACGUUGGCUUCACUGUCGAUGUGUCCAUCUCUCACCCUGGCCCUCUGUCCGUGUGGAUGAGCAAGGCUCCUUCUGGCACCACUGCCGACCAGUACGACGGCUCUGGCGACUGGUUCAAGAUCUAUGAGCUCACGACCUAUGAGAUCACCUCUGCCGGUCUCCAGUGGGCCACCUACAUCCCCGGCACCAGCGGUAUCCAGAACUUCACUGUUGACCUGCCCACGGAGCUCGCGGCUGGCGACUACCUCCUCCGCGCCGAGCACAUUGCCCUGCACGCCGCCGAGGAGUUUGAGGGUGCCCAGUACUACAUUGGCUGCGCGCAGCUGACCGUCACCGGCUCUGGUUCCGGCACCCCCAGCCCUCUGACCACGAUCCCGGGUCAGUACACUGGCUACGAGCCUGGUAUCGAGAUUGACAUCUACUACCCCAUCCCCACCAACUACACCGCCCCUGGUAUCUCGACCUGGCCCGAGGCUUGCGUUUCCCACUGGCCCAACCUGGUUGACCAGACCUACUAUGGAAUGUGCUUUAACAGUGAGUUUUUUUCUUUACCUUCUCUCUCUCUCCCUCUCUCUUUCAUUUGA